AUGAAUUCACUGGAUGCCCUGCCGCAGGAGAUCAUUGCUCUGGCUCUCCAGAACUGCGACUCCUUCCACCAAAUACACUGCCUCAUCUCAACAUGCAAACGAACCCGCUCAGUCUGGAUCUUGAAUCAACGCUCAAUUCUCUGGCCCGUUGCCCAAGCCGAAAUACCUGGUUUCAGCGAUGCUCUUAUAGCAGUGCGUGCAACACGGAUUGCCACAGACGCCCUGCUCCAGGGAGAGCUGCCGCCAGAUCCAUUCACGGUCUCGGAGCUGAGUGGCGACGCCAACAAGCCUUCGCUCGAGGAACUGAAAGAGGUUCAGACCUUGCACCGUGCCGUAAACUACCUGGAGAAGGAAAUUCUAUCCUACGACCAAGACAGAUUCGUUUCUAUGCCGGACGAGCUCGAAACCAAGCACGACGAAUGCGCCCGCGUUAAGUGGAAGGUCUGGCGCGAGGAGUGCCACCGGGCGAUAUACCGAAAUCUGGCUGCGGGGGCCAUACUUUGCCGCGCAUAUAAUGCCCCCGUUGUCUCUGGGGCCCGACCAAGAGGCUUCCUGGCCGCGUUUCUUGAGCUUAUGCAAGGGAACGAAGACCCCGACUACGUGAUAGAGGGCUGGUUCUCUGAAAGUGAGCAGAGCUAUCUCUCCGAGAUUCCGUUGUACAGUAUCAAGGACUAUCACAAGUGCGAGGCAGCUUUUCACCCUCUUGAAGAUAUCUUCGUAGAGGAAAGCAGGAAACGCGAGCCAUUCGAGCCAUUGGAGAUGGUGGCAUCUGCAAGAUUGAGGAGAGACGAAUCUCUUUUCAAGAACUUUGGACGAUAUGUGGAUAUCCGGAAUCCUGAGUCGCUCGACCCCGACCAUGCAGAAAACCUCUUCCAUCAGAUUCUUCACUUCAUCGCUAUCGUGGAGGAGGAGCCACGGAAGUUUAUUUGGGAUCCGAGAACCCAAGACGCUCAAUGCGAGGAAGUCCCAGGCGACAGUCCCUCCACCUUUGCAAUUUUCUUUGGAUCUUUCGUCCCAAUAAAGAUUUCCGUCCGGGACAGAACGACCGUGUCCGGGAGUCUAGUCCUCCCAGGCCUUGAAGCCAAGACAGCCAAAUCCAAAGAGAGCAACUAUUUCGGAUUCCAGUACAUGGACGCCUUUCUCACCAAAGUGUGGGAGGUGGGUGGGAUCCCAAACUACUAUGGAGGAGACAAACGACCCCCGCCGCCUCAGUUUUAUUUUGCCGAGUACAUGCUCCGAAAGUAUUUCAGCGUUCGAUUUGCAGAUGGGAUUUAUGAGGCUGCAUGGGAUGGGUUCACCCAUUACGGUGCCUUGUUUACCAAUCUUGAAUCGAAUAUCUGGUAUGACGAGGAGUGCUUAUUUCAGUCCUCGGAUGACCCUAUUCCUGCAGUCUACUAUAGGGAUGCUUUUGAAUAG